GGCCAAUCCCGUUCUUGAGGUUUUAUGUUCUGCUGGAUCCGGGUUUUGACUUUUGACUGACUCAUUGAGUACGUGCCUGGUACGUCGCUUUUUUAUUGUGAAGAUCAAGCAACGACGCCCGCAUUUCCAAUACAUUGUCAAGAGUCGUUUUGCUUUUUCUCUUCAAUUGCAAUUACCCCUGCAUUCGCCUUUUCCCGCUGACACCUUCCCUAUCACUAUCUGCACGAAGUUGUCAUCAAAUCCUCGCUUCGUAUUGAAUUCCUUUACUUCGUUUCCGCUUAAGUGUAGCAAUCAAAACGAGCACGUUGAAGAUUCUUACGUGAGGUUGUCGGAACUGGAUACAGAUUAUUCAAACUUUCGCCAUUUUGGUCUCUUUGUUUGCAUUCAUUCCAUUCUUCCGUUUUUGUUAUGACGUCAUUUUGCUUUAUCGACGUUUUCUACUUCUAUCUCUGAAUUUCAAACACACAUCAAGAAAGAUGAUCUCGGCCGCUUUUCGCCCUGGGGCGCCGAUGUGUGAUUUCAUAUCAAUCACCAUCACAGCCUUUCUUUUUCUCCACAACUUCCCUGCCGCGGACGGAGUGGGAUUCAAAAGCACAUGCGGCACGCCCAGUGAACAACCGACUGAUGUCCGCCCGAUUCCCCCAGGAUUGGUGCCUCCAGGCCUAGAUGCCGAACUUCGCAAAAUCCAGACUAUGAACACCGUUGCACAAACGCAGCCCAAAUUGCCUGACGACCAGAAAAACGCUGCUGGUGCGCAUGAGGAGUCAACACCGUUUACACCCUCCCCGGAGGCUACUCCCGGCUUGCCACCUGCUCUAUCCACGCCGCUUCUGGCAAGGAUCAGCGAAGCGGGAAGUGCGUCUUCUCCAGGUUCAUCAGUCGAACAAGUCCCCCCGGAGCCGCCAUCCCCGCCUGAACGACCCACUUCGAAACGUCGGCAACGUGCGAGGAACGGACGCGGCCGGCACAAGGAGAGGCAGCUUGAGAUCCUGAUGGAAAUGCCGGGCUCGUGGGGUUCCGUCGGCCACCCGGUGACCUGCAGUGCCCCCUGCAAGUACGCAAAGCGCAAGGGUGGCUGCAAAGGUGGAGAAGCGUGUCCGUAUUGCCAUUAUUGCUUCUGGACGAAGAAAGACGCGGAUGUUGAUGUACUAGCCGGUGACGAAGAUGAAAUGCAGUUUGACGAGACUAAAGUGAACACGUCAUCCGGCGGACAAGCGGGAAUCAAUUUUCCACUGGGAGAAGCACCUUUGCCCGCCGUGGGUAGAGUCGGAAUCCAUAGCAGUACUGGCAGCGAUGAAGAUCUUUCCUCAGGUGGCAAGGCGGAAGCCGCGACUUGCAGGAAUUCUCAUCGAUAUGAUACUGCAACAAGGGCAGCAUCGUCCUCGUCUCUUGUCAAUACUAAAACCAGCGCUGCAGCAGGCGAUAGCUUUAUGGUGCCGAGAUUGACGCCCUUUGGAAUGGUGCAAGAGGAAGAGGCACCCGCAUCGCCGGUUCCUUCGCGACGUUCGCACGCCGUGCCGAGCCAGACAGACAGCACGGCAUGCACUCCUUCAUACUGGGGAUCGGAGGAAGCCAGCUGGGCGGAGAGUGGUAGCAUGGCGCGGUCUGUAUCACCGAGUAGCAUGCGAACUUUCACCAGUUUUGCAUCCAUACCUGAUCCGCAUGGUAUACUAGAGCCUUGUGUCCCGGGUCGAAAGGUAACGAGAAAAUUGUAG